UGCACCUCCCAGGCAGCGCUGUUAUUUUCUCCUCAGCUUCACUUCAUUCAGAGACAGACUUCAGUAUGUCGGUGUGUCAGCGGACACAGAUUUUCCUCUUCCUAAUCACGCUGACAUUACGGAUGGGACUCAGUCGCUACCUUGAGGACAAUAACUCUUCAGAGAGAUUAUUUUCUCUGGGUAGCCCAGACCAGAAACGGGAAUCAGAGGAUUUUAUUUUCCAACGUCAUCUCAGAUGUUUGGACAUGCUGGCCACUGAGGGUCGCUUUACCUUUGUGGCGACUCAGCCACAGCUGGCCUGUGCUGCCUUCGUCAUCGCUGAGCCCGAUCAGGUCAUCACCCUGGAGUUGUCUGAUGUCAGUAUUGACUGCAGUGUUGGAGACUUUAUCAAGAUGUUUGAUGGGUGGAUUUUGAAGGGAGAGAAGUUCCCCAGCAGCCAAGACCACCCACUCCCUCUGCACCGGCGCUACACAGACUACUGCUCACCCACAGCACCCCGAGGCAUCAGCCAGUCCUCCCAAAAUGUGGCUGCAGUCUUUUUCCGCAUUCACAGCCCUAACAGUGGCUUCACCCUCGUUGUCAAAAAGCUGUACAAUCCUUUCCCCUGUAACAUCAUAUCCCAGAGUCCAGAGGGCAGUUUCACCAUGGUGAUACCACAUCAGCGUCGAAACUGCAGCUUCUCCAUCAUCUACCCAGUGGAGAUCCAAGUAACUGACCUCAGCCUGGAGCAUUCUAAGAACAACGAGCUCAAUCUACAGCGGCAAGUGUGGUCCGGCUGUUCGGGGUCAGGUGACUAUGUGGAGCUGCUCGGGGGGAAUGGAGUGGACACCUCCAGGAUGUUCCCAGUAGCUGACCUCUGUUUCUCCCUCACAGGGCUUGCUCAGAUGAAAAUUGGUUGUGAUAACUCGGUGGUGAGGCUGGUGUCCAGUGGAACCUACAUCAACCGUGUGUCCUUUCAGUACCGACUACUGCAGCACAACGAACUCCCUGAGCCUAAAGACAAUCACCUAGAUAAUUUCUGCACAGUGGAAUGAGAUUGUUCACACACAUCAAGAAAAGCGCCCACCCCUGUAUAUACACUAGUUCAAUGAUAACAUCCACUUUCAUCAUUUAGCAAAGUAGUAAAUGUAUUGUAUUUUUUUGCCAAAUAUUUUCUUUUUUAUUCAGUUCAUAUUCAGUUUGGUCACGCAAUAUUUAUUUAAAUAUAUAUAUUUUUAUUAAACUGUCUGAAAUAUACAAAUAAGUUUUCCCCGUUAUUCAUCGUUUGUGUGUUCUUUGGGAGGAUUUGUAUAUCUGAUGUCGUUUCUGUUGAUGUGUGGCUCAACAUUUGAAAAAUAAAUAUGACAUGCAUGACAAAGCACUAAAA